AUGGCGCGCAUGGUAGGCUCCAAGUUGCUGGCCAGGCUGCUUCUGCUGAUAUCAUCGGUCACGCUCAUAUCACUGCUAGCGUUGACGCGGUGCGGUCUGGGAGGUAUAGUGGUGAAGGAAAAUGCCGGUUCUAGUCAAACCGCACUGGCCAGCGGAGGCGGACAAGGGGGCGAAAGUGAGUACCAGAGUGGAGACAGCCGCCAUGAGGCUCGUCAACCGGAUGCGAUCGAUCCGUUGCCAAAACAAGAGCGCUUCCAGUCGGACACAGAGCAGCAGCAGAGCGGGUAUCUGCAAAUGCUGCAACAACGGGAGGAGGAAAACCUUCGCGAGGUGGCAAAGUUGACGGCCGAAAUCAAGGCGCUAAAACUGCAAAUCUUGCAGCUCAAAAGUAGCCUAACGGCGGCCGAAGCGAUGCCAGCAGCAGCCGCUUUUCCAGCGAACAGCAACGGCUCGCUUCUGCUCCAGGCGCCCCAAGCAACUAUGUACGACUGUUCGGCCUUCAUCCGGAGACAAGUCGGUUCGGCUGAGAUCCUGCACGGCUUACCGCUGAACAACGAGUACGAGCUGAUUCCGUUCAACCACUUCACCUUCAGCAGGGUUUAUCCCAUCGAGCUGGGGCUCGGGAAGCGUGUGGUCGAAAAGCCGAUCGGUUACAAACGGAAGGAUCUCUUGGGUGCCCUGAACAAAGCGCUCGAAACGCUCAACCGCAAUAUUACGUCCGCUGCGCAACGCUACACCCUGGACGACUUCACCGAGGGUAUCUAUAGGAACGAGCCGACGACGGGAACGCAGUACGAACUAUAUUUCCGAACGAAGGAACUACCAACCCGCCCUCAGCAACAACAGCAGCCGCAGCAGCAGCAAUCGCAGCAGGCCGCAGCGCAACACCAUGAUGCACAUUUCCACGGUACCACCAAACUGAUCGUCAUGCGUCCUUUUGCACCCCUGCAGACCGUCCAGCUGGAGGCGUACGCGAAGCAGCAGGAGAAAGAACUGAUCUACAUCAUCCUGCCGCUGUCCGGGCGCACCGGUACAUUCCAGAGCUUCAUGGACAAGUACGUGAAGAUUGCGCUGAAGCACGAUCGACGUGUCCAUCUGACGGUGGUGUACUUUGGCGAAGAUGGCCUAUCAGAAGCGCGCUCUGUUAUGAGCCGUGUCAUUGGGAUGAAGAACAGUGGAGGAACCAGUUCGAACUUGAAGUUACUAGCGCUCAAUGAAACGUUCUCCAGAGCCAAAGCAUUGCGUGUAGGAGCGGAAAACGUUUGGAGUUCCCAGCCGGAUAAGAACAACGACAUUCUGCUGUUCAUGUGCGAUGUGGACAUAGUGUUUAGCGCCAAAUUUCUCGACAGGUGUCGAUGGAAUACUAAACCGAACAGGAAGGUCUACUAUCCGGUGGUGUUCAGCUUAUACAACCCGCACGUUGUGUACACGCUGCAGGGCAAGGAGGUACCUCCGGAGACGGAUCAGUUGGUCAUUUCGAAGGAUUCCGGUUUUUGGCGAGACUUUGGCUACGGUAUGACGUGCCAGUAUCGGUCGGAUUUUUUGCGUGUCCGUGGCUUCGACGAGGAGAUCAUCGGCUGGGGCGGUGAGGACGUCAUGCUCUACCGGAAGUAUGUCCGCUCACACAUCAAGGUAAUACGGGCCACCGAUCCCGGUGUGUUUCAUAUCUGGCAUCCGAAGGUUUGCUCCGAUCCAGUCAUGUCUACGCCCAACGGGGGUCAACGGCUCACCCUCGACCAGUACCGGGCCUGUAUUCGUUCACGGGCCCUCAACGAAGCGUCCCAUGCGCAGCUCGGGUUUCUGGCCUUCCGUGACGAUAUUGUUGCCAACGAGCACUCGCUAGCUCGUUCGAACUCGCAACCGAAAGGACAAACGCUUGGAGGCACACAAAACAGCACGAAAGGCAGCUCGCUAACGAACGCCUCAUCCCUCAGAACCGAUUCGGAACGAUUCCGACAGCAAGCGGAUAGGAAAGUUCAGGGCAGUGGAAGCUCGAGCGGGAACGGCAAAUCGGUAGAUACCAAGAAAACCAUAUGA